UCAAAACGGAUCAGUGUAUGCUGGAAAGUGCAAGAAUGUGGUUGAGAUCUGGAAUCUUUGUGUGCUUCUGGGGGCUGGCCUGCUGCAAGCUGGAUAGCACGGCUGAUAAUGAUUCUGCCGACGCUGACCUCGACGACAGCAGCGAACACAUAGGCGCAGGGAUCACGCAAAUCCAGCACCGGCCGUACGCGGGUUCGCUUCUCAAGAACAACACCUACGUUUGCAGUACAGUCAUACUCAACUCCUACUGGCUCAUCACGCUGUCCAAGUGCUUUGAUUCAGACAUAAUAUCGUCGCACGUGAGCCACAAAAACCUCGCCAAUUUCUCCGUUAGAGUGGGCAGCUCAUACAACAAUAAGGGCGGGUCGUUGUAUAAGAUCAAAAUGUUAAUAAACAACUUCGAUCUAAAAGUGUCAGCGGUGAAGUUGGAAGCUCCUUUAGAGUUCGGCUCGCGAGUCCAAGCGGCACAAUUGGCAAAACCUGACGAAGAAGUGGAGCUUGGCUAUCUAGCGUCGAUGAUUGCCUGGACUCCUACUUCGCAUAUUCGAGUGGUGAACGCGCCCAUCAUCGAAGCUUCGAUCUGUGACGACAACACCAAGCUUCUACCAGGACACUAUAUCUGCGUGGGAGGUGUUCAAGACCUUAAUCGUCACUUUUGUAGGCAAGACAACGGCGGAGCAGUAAUUCAAAACGAAACACUGAUCGCGAUAUCAUCGUUCCUCCAACCAUGCGCAGUCUACACAAAAACCCACGCCUUCCCCAAAGUUUCCAGUUUCGCCAGAUGGUUAGACUCGGUGAUAUGGGAUGAAGGGAACCGGCCAAUCACCACCGCAGCACCAACCACCACACAAACCACCAAACCACCUAACACCACAGAGAGUUCUACAGGCCUUAACCCAUAUUUUGCUGAUCCUAGCAAAUUUCUGCUUACUCUACCAUUCGAUCCUAUCAACGUGCCAUUGGAACCGGCAGAAGAUAAUUCUGUGAUACCAAGAAUGAGUUUAUACGAAUCGUAUUUGCAGAAUAUGGCCAGAGCGAAGACUUCAACAACCCAUGACCCGAAUGCCGAAGACGAGAGACGGGAAUGGUUGAAGAAAUUCGGGAAGAAGAUGCCAAUUUUCAUGCCAAAGAAGUAUGCGCAGUAUGAUUAUAGUUAAAUAAUAUUUAAUGCUGAGGUAUUGUGUUUUACAUUUCCAUACUUUAAGAAGCUGAUUGUAAUAGAGAGUCUGUGUACUAAUUUAGAAAAAUAAUUAUUAAGUUAAUUUUAUUCUUAAAUAGUUUGAACACACAUCAUGGUGUCGGAAAAAAUGUAACAACAUGAUUUCGGUUUUGCUAAGUUAUUAAGAUAAAAGACAUAAAGCACAUGAUAUUCA